CCCCUGGUGGCGCCUGCCUGCAUGUUCCGCAGCAGCAGCGGCUCGUUCCCGCAGCCAGCCUCCAUCUUGGCGGCGACCUCGAGGCGGAGCAAGUGCACUCGGAACGGUAGCAGGACUCGGAGCGGGACCGGGACUCGGAGCGGGACUCGGUGCCCCCCCCCCUCCCCUCUCCUCUCGGUGGUCUGGGCGACGUUCUGCGGGAUGGCGGCUCUGCGGCAGGACGCGGGCCGCGCCGCGCGACGUGCGUGAGGAUUUCAGUGCGGGAACAAGCCCUGCGAGGACGGAGCGACUUCCGGUGGUCAGGUGGGGACUGAGGAUGCGGUGCUGAGCGAGUCCAGACAGUCACCAUGGCGACAGUGGGCGGCGGCCAGGCGUGCGGCGCCCAGGACAACUGCUCGUCCGACAGCGGCUCCAAGGACUACUGCUACUCGGCCAGGAUCCGCAGCACCGUGCUGCAGGGUCUGCCUUUUGGGGGCGUGCCUACGGUCCUGGCCUUGGACUUCAUGUGCUUCCUGGUCUUGCUCUUCGUCUUUUCCAUCCUGCGAAAGGUGGCCUGGGACUACGGCCGUCUGGCGCUGGUCACCGACGCCGACAGCCGAAGACGGGACCGAGAUAACUAUGAGCCUGUCAGAAGUGUGGCGUCAGCGAUGCAUUCAGACACUCCUGAUCGCUACGAACGUCUCACCUCCGUCUCCAGCUCUGUGGACCUGGAACAACGUGACAAUGGCUUCUGCUCCUGGCUGACGGCCAUCUUCAGAAUCAAGGACGAGGAGAUUCGAGAGAAGUGCGGAGAAGACGCCGUCCAUUACCUGUCCUUCCAGCGUCACAUCAUCGGCCUCCUGGUGGUGGUGGGAGUUCUCUCUGUGGGCAUCGUGCUGCCCGUCAACUUCUCUGGAGACCUGCUGGAAAACAACGCCUACAGCUUUGGUCGCACCACCAUAGCCAACCUCAAGUCUGGGACCAACCUGCUCUGGCUCCACACGUCCUUCGCCUUCAUGUACCUGCUGCUCACGGUCUACAGCAUGAGGAGACACACGUCCAAGAUGCAUUACAAAGAAGACGACCUGGUGAAACGCACGUUGUUCAUUAACGGCAUCUCCAAGUAUGCCGAGGAGUGCCAGAUCAAAGGACACUUUGAGCAGGCGUACGAGAACUGCACGGUUCUGGAAGCUCGCAUCUGCUACAACGUGGCCAAGCUCAUGGCUCUGAAUGCAGAAAGGAAGAAGACGGAGCGCAGCAAGAAGUUCUUCACCGACCUGAUGGCCAAGGAGCACGUUCCCACCAUGAUCAACCCCAAACCCUGCGGACAUCUCUGCUGCUGCGCCAUCGCCGGCUGCGAGGAGGAGGAGGCGGUCAGCUACUACACCAACAGGGAGGCCAAGCUGAAGGAGGAGUACAGGAAGGAGAAGGAGAAGGUCCACACCAAACCACUGGGCAUGGCCUUCGUCACCUUCCAGAACGAGGCCACGACUGCCAUAAUCCUGAAGGACUUCAACGCUUGUCAGGUCCAAGGGUGUCGCUGUCGUCAGGAACCUCGCUUGUCGCAGUUCAGCGAAGUUCUCCACGUGCACCACUGGAGCGUCUCGUACGCGCCCGACCCUCAAAACGUGCGCUGGGAGCACCUGUCCCUGGGCGGGGUCUCCUGGUGGAUCCGCUGCUUGAUCAUCAACUGCAUCCUCUUCCUCCUGCUCUUCUUCCUCACCACGCCCGCCAUCAUCAUCUCCACCAUGGACAAGUUCAACGUCACCAAGCCUGUGGAGUACCUCAACAACCCCAUCGUCACCCAGUUCUUCCCGACUCUCCUCCUCUGGGCCUUCUCCGCUCUGCUGCCCACCAUCGUCUACUACUCCGCUUUCUUCGAGGCGCACUGGACCAGGUCUGGAGAAAACCGGACUACGAUGCACAAGUGCUACACCUUUCUGAUCUUCAUGGUCCUUCUCCUGCCCUCUCUUGGACUCAGCAGUCUGGACGUUUUCUUCCGAUGGCUCUUUGAUAAAAAGUUUCUGGAUGACGCCACCGUCCGCUUUGAGUGCGUCUUCCUGCCGGACAACGGAGCCUUCUUCGUCAACUACGUAAUCGCCUCGGCCUUCAUCGGGAACGCCAUGGACCUGCUGCGCAUCCCAGGCCUGCUCAUGUACAUGAUCCGACUGUGCUUGGCGCGCUCGGCCGCCGACCGCCGCAAUGUCAAGAGGCAUCAAGCGUACGAGUUCCAGUUUGGAGCGGCGUACGCCUGGAUCAUGAACGUCUUCACCGUGGUGAUGGCCUACAGCAUCACCUGUCCCAUCAUCGUACCCUUUGGUCUGAUGUACAUGCUUCUCAAGCACCUGGUGGACAGGUACAAUAUGUACUACGCCUACCUGCCGUCCAAACUGGACAAGAAGAUCCACUCGGGUGCUGUCACACAGGUGGUGGCCGCGCCCAUCCUCUGCCUUUUCUGGCUGCUUUUUUUCUCCACCAUGCGCACAGGUUUCGAGACACCGACGUCCAUGUUCACACUGGUAGUUCUGGUGGUGACCAUCGUGGUGUGUUUGUCCCACGUGUGUUUCGGACACUUCAAGUACCUGAGCGCUCACAACUACAAGAUCGACACCAAGGACUCUGACGCGGAAGCGGUGGAGAACGGUCGUCCGCCCCGCACGUCGGCCUCGCCCCCCUCCAAAUCUCAGCAGCAGAUGUACAUCGCUCAGGUGCUUCAGGACCCCAACUCGGACGAGCCGGGCGGGGCCAGCGAGGAGGACCGGGCGUCGUCCCAGGAUGAAGAGUUGCUCAACGGAGGAAACAACAUCAACGAGGCGGAUUUCCAGUCAGGGGAGGACAGUCUGAUCGCCAACGAGGUCCGCCAGUAGCGAGGGGUGGAGCUCGAGGGAGGGGGCGGAGACAGUUGGCGUGCCUCGUGCUCAACACCACGCGAUGCUAGCUCCUCCCCUUCCUAGCUGGAAGACUUGACCCUGAUCUUGGACGUCGGAACAGAAACACUUGAGUGGCGGCCGAGGGUGGAAGUUCACGCUGCCCGGAUCGUCCGCCGCCAACGCCGCACCUCGCCGACCGCCAUUUGUCGUCGUGAUAGAAGCUUCGCUCGAGUCUCCUCUUUUUUCCUAAGUUGAAGCUGGAGGAGUCUCUCUGCAUGUCAGUUGGACUCCACGUGGCCUCCUCUGGAAGAUCCUUUCUACCUUGUUCCUGGUGCUUCUUCUACCUGCACCCUCCUUCCUGGUGCUGGGUUAGCUUAGCGUAGCCACCUGCUAAGCUAGGCUAACAGCACUCUUUAGUUCUUCGCACAUCAGCUCAGCAGGCUAACGUUUGCCACAAAAGGACACAAACUGCUUUUUGGUUUCGGUCCUCCAAGUGAGGUGACAAAGUACAUCUCUUUGGUUGCCAUGGCAAUGCAAAAGUCAACACACUAAUUGUAACAGAGCGUUUAUAAUGACUUAAUUAGAUGUCUCAGGUGUGGUUUCUUUUCCCUCAAAAAUAAUGUUUACAUCCUUUGUUGCUUUUUUUUUCUUCCUUUGUGCGUCUGUUGGUGCGCGCGCGUGUGCGUGUGUGCGCGCGCAGAGCUGAACUGUGAAAGCUGUAGACGCCAACACCACCUGGCGGGGUGCCUUGUGGGGGUCUACAUGCCGGAGAAGCCGCUGUGUGUCGGGCAACUGCGGACUUCCUGCUGUGACGGUAGACGGUCGUUCACGAUGUCGCCAUGGCAACACCUUUUGUGUUUCCUGCUCCACAAUAAAAGCGUCUGCGUUUUGUGUUUUAUUGUGUAGGAGGAGGAAGUCGCGGGCGUGAAAGGGAACGUUUUGGUUAGCCUGUGAAGCUAACCGCUUCCUCGCUUUGCUCUCUUUCCCGGCCUUUGAAAACUUCACGCUCCGAAAUGUCAAAAGAAGCAAACGCGUGUAUAUAAAAAGUAGAUGUCAAAGUGCACUAAACGCCCACAAUAACUUUUUAUUUAUUGCUGUAACUAUUUAUUUUCACUUGUACGCUUAUUUCUGUCAACUGAUCAAUAAAAAUGUCUCAUCA